CAAUGAAAUAAAGCUUCACAAUAUGGCGACCACAAUUCCGACAAGAGCUUUCGAUGCGAAAUGACAUAAACUUUUCGAAAUAGAAUAUAUUUUGAAAAUUUAGGACACUGUUAAAAACCAGGCAAGAUGUCGGAAGAAAAUGUGAAAGUGGCUGUCAGAGUCAGGCCUUUCAAUAGAAGAGAAAGGGAGAGAAAUGCAAAAUGCAUUAUUGAUAUGACUGGAAAUACUACUAAGAUUGAAGACCCUUCAUCUUCUGAUGAACCCAAAAAAUUUACAUUUGACUUUAGUUACUGGUCACAUGAUGGAUGUAAGGAGGAGUCUAAUGGAUACUAUGGACCAGAUACAUCACAUCCCAAUGGCAAGAAAUUCUGUGAUCAGAUGAAAGUUUAUAAUGAGCUUGGCGUAGGUGUUCUAGAGAAUGCAUGGGAAGGCUACAAUUCAACUUUGUUUGCCUAUGGUCAGACAGGAUCGGGAAAAAGUUGGUCUAUGGUAGGAUAUGGUGUAAACAAAGGAAUUGUGCCUUUAUAUUGUGAAAACAUCUUCAAACAGAUUGAAGAAAAGAAGGCUGGUGGAGAAAAAACAGAAUAUGAGGUCACUUUCAGUAUGUUAGAAAUCUACAAUGAACAAAUACGAGAUUUAUUAGACUCUAAGACAAGAAAGGGAGGUCUGAAAUGUAGACAGCAUCCUAAACAGGGCUUUUAUGCUGAGGGACUCAAGAUUGUACCAGUCAGCAGUUAUGUUGAUAUUGAAGCAAAAACAGAAGAGGGAACAAGAAACAGAACUGUUGCAUCAACCGCCAUGAAUGCUACUAGCAGUCGUGCCCAUACAAUAGUUGGUAUUACAUUUGUACAGAAAUAUAUCAAUGCUGCAGGAGAAGAAACAGCAAAGACUUCUAUAGUUAACCUGGUAGAUUUAGCUGGAAGUGAACGUGCUGAGAGUACAGGAGCAACAGGAGACAGACUCAAAGAGGGUGCAGCCAUUAACCAGUCUCUAUCAUGUCUAGGAAAUUGUAUUGCAGCCUUAGCAGACAAUGCAGGAGGAAAGAAAACAAGAGUGCCUUACAGAGAUUCCGUCCUGACCAAACUCCUCAAGAAUGCCUUAGGAGGAAACAGCAAAACUAUUAUGAUUGCUGCUCUCAGUCCAGCAGAUAUCAACUAUGAUGAAACACUGUCAACAUUACGUUAUGCUGACAGAGCAAAGCAAAUUAAAACAAAAAGCUCAGUCAAUGAGGAUCCAACAGCACAACUGAUUCGUGAGCUUCAAGAGGAGAAUGAAAGAUUGAAGAAAGCGAUCGAAUCUGGAAAUCUUACAAUAAUCCAAGGAGAUGGUGAAGAAGAUGACGACAUGAGUGAAGAAGAAAGGGAAAAGAUUAAACAGGAGUUAGAUGAUGAAUAUAAGAGUAUCUUAGAAAAAAAUCAAAAGGAGAUGGAAGAAAUGAAGAAGACUUUUGAAGAAAGGUUAAAGGAACAAGGAACAGGAGGUACAGAUUUAGCUGAUAUCAAAGAGAAAAAGAAGACAAUUCCACAUAUCUACAACCUAAACAUGGACCCUCAAUUAACAGGACACAUGUUUCACUUUCUAGAUGCUCCAUCUAAAUCAUUCGGUGCUGCUACAGAAGGAAUAGAUAUUACUAUACAUGGACCAAGUAUUUCUAUGAAGCAUGCUGUUUUCACUGAGGCAGAUGGAAAAUUCAGUAUUGAACCUAUGGAGGCAAAUGUACGUCUGCUUGUCAAUGGGAAAGCAAUAGGAACAAAAACACAACUUUCACAUAAUGACAGAAUUAUUUUUGGUACUACUAAGUAUUUUGUUUAUGUUAAUCCUAAAGAAAGAGACAGUUCUAAAGAACAACAUAAAGAAAUAACAUUUGAGAUGGCUCAGGAAGAAAUUGCAAAAAAAUCUGGAUUUGAUGUGGAAGGACAAAACAAAUCUAGGGAGGAUGUAUUAUUACAAGAGGAUUUGUUAGAAAUGUUACCUGCUGUGGAGGAAGCUAAUGCCAUCAGUGAAGAACUAGACAAGAAACGAAAGUUUGAAAUCAUGAUUGUCUCCCCUGAGGCCAGAGGUGAACUGUCUGGACGAACAGAGGUAAUGGUAAGAAUGAAGGACUUAGAAACUAAUCAUGAAUGGGUGUGGCCAAGACAAAAGUUUUUUAAUAGGAAGUUUGUCAUGCAGGAAAUGUAUAAUGAAUUCCAGGAAGGAGAUCCAUGGGAACUUCCAGCAGAGAAAGAUCCGUUCCUUGAUGAUCCUAAUGCAGAAUUUCACAUUGGAAGUGUUAAAGUUUGGCUGCAAUCUAUAGCAUAUAUGAUUGAUACUAAAGAGCAAUUAGAAGUGACAGAUUUUAAAGGAAAUGAAGUGGGUCUACUUAAUCUUGAAGUUGUACCAUGUGACAAGUCAGGGAAAAAGGAGAUAACAGAAGAUGAUGAUGUGUUUAUAGAGAGCCCUGAUGAAUUAGUAGGCAAAGAACUCAACUUUAAUGUCAAACUUCUUGGAUGUAAAGGACUCCCAAAUAAAUUUACAGAUAUCUAUGCUAAAUAUACAUUUUAUUUGGACAAGAAAGUUAUUGAGACAAAGAAAAUUCCUAAUACCAUUAAUCCAGAUUGGAAUUUCACACAGCUUCAUGCAACACCAAAGUGUACCCCAGAGUUCAUCAAGUAUGUUAGUGAGGGAGCUAUCAUGGUCCAAAUCUGGGGCAAGUUUAAACCACCAAAAGAAAAGAAGAAAAUUAACACAAAAGAUUCCAUGAUUAAUGCUGGUCUUCAGAAGGCUGCUACACAUAAUGCUAAUACUAAUGUGAAGAAAUAUGAUGCAGACAAGAUGAAAUACAUGAUGGAAACAGCAAUGUUAAGAAAGAGACAGGAAAAGAUGGAGAAGAAACUGGUUUGGUUGAGGAAGAUGCUUGAUGUAGCAGCAGAACACAAAAAAAAGAAGAUUUCUACGAAUAUUAUAAAAGGAGUGUAUGAUGCAACAACAGCUGAUUCAGCAGAUAAAUGUAUAGCUUUGAUUCCGUUGGAGAAAGAUUCAGAUGAUGAAGGUAGCAGUAAAAGUUCAUCUAGCAGUGAUAGUGAGUCUAGUCAUUCAUCAAGUGACUCACACACAAAAACAGAAGGGGUUGAAAAAAAGAAAAAGAAGAAAAAGAAACGUAAGAAAGACAAAUCAAAAUUGUCCUCACCAAAAGAAAAUUCCUCUUCACCAAAAGAUGACAAGAGAAAGGAAGAAAAAUGGGAGAGAAAGAAAUCUUCUCAUGAUACUUCCAGACAAGAAAAUAAUAGGCAGAAAAUUGCUCCCAAGAACACAGCCUCAACAUGUGUUUUACUCUAGACUUAUCACUGUUAUUUGUUUGACACUUUUUGCUCAAUCUAUGCAAUAAAGAUAUGUGUGUAUUUUAUUAUUAGAUUGUUUAUUACAUUAUUGUAUGCUACACAGAGCUGCAUAUUUGUCAUUGAUUAGUAUUUUAACCCUAAGGCUUUGUUAAAAUCCUACUCAAAGACAAAAAAUAAGGAUAGACAUACUGUACUGAAAAGCCCUAUUCAUUUAAGUUUGAGCAUAUAACAGGGCAAAAGUAGUUAUGUUCUUAUAAAUUUAUAUCAUAAUUAUAAUAAAUACACAUAUAUUUUUAUUUCUGUAUAGUAAUUAUGUAUAAUUAGUUACCAUUUGUUUUUUUCUAAAGUUAUGAUUGUUUCAAGAAUGAAAUAAAUGUUGAUUUGUAAUUUAAUUUGCUUAAUAUGCAAAACCUUUAACUUAUUUUGUUUGCUAUUUUUUUGUAUAAAGAUAUAGUUUCUGUUCAGUGUGGAAAAACAUAUUUAAAAGUUGCAUUCUUUAAUUUAAUUUCAUCACCCUAAGUUAAAUUGCCUGCUUGUCAACAAUAUAUUCUGUUUUAUGGUAUGUAAUGACUUUUCCUUCUGUUUUAUGCAUAUUUUUCUACUUUAUUUUAUUGUAAAGAUGUUCCUACUAAUGACCAGUUAGUAUUACACAAAGCAUUCAUUUAAAACUAAAAAAUAAUUCCAUUUUUUGGAUCCAGUCAGGACUAAAGACAGUAUUACAAUUUGUAUUUCCUUGGUGCCAGUUUGCUCACCAAUUUACUGUUAUAUAUGUUUGUUGCAACAAUAAAAAUAAUAAGAUAUUUUAAUGAACUACUUUGAUAACCAUAACUGUGUUUAGAUACAACCAAAUUCAGUCCAAUAGUACUAUAGGGACUGUCUAGACUCUGUUCAGAAGAAAUUUUGUAACAUCAGUCUGUUGUUUGGUAGAUGGACUAGAAUACACAAAAAAAAAGAGUAUGUGUACUCCAUAUAAAUCAAACAACAAAGUGAGAUAUUUAUACAUGUCAUUAUAUUGUAACUUAGGGAUUGUUGACAUAAGCAUAUCAAAUAUUUAUACCUGUUAUUAAAUGUGUUGAAUUUUCAAAAUUUAGUUAUUUAUUGUAAGGUAUUUAGAUAUAUUUUGUUUUAUGACAACUAUAGAUGGUUCUGUAUAUUGAUUGACAUGGAAAUUAUGAUUCUUAAAUGUUAUAAUAUAAAUGGUUGCAUAAUUCAAUCUGUUACAUUUGUUUUAUUUUGAUUGCUUUAAUGAUAAAACAUUUCACUUAAAUAAAAACCAUGAUUUUCAAUGUUUGAUUUACACCACUUAUAACAACAUAACAAUGAACUUGCCUGUAAGAAUAAAUAUCAGUUAUGACCUCAUACUGUUUGGGUUUGCAAUAAUAUAAAAGGAGAUAAUAUGUAAUAUUAUCGUUGAAUGCCAAAAUGUCCAAGAAAGAUACGAAUAAUUAUAUAAAACUUAAGAAGCAGUGACAUCUUUUGCUUAGCUUUAAUGUUGUCUUUUGUCUGUAAAUGUUGUUGAAAAAUCAAAGAAUCCAUGCAUCAAACUAAACCAGUAAAAUAUAAACAUGUCCCUGAACAGUUAUAACUUAAUUUAUUGUUGUUAGAUUUUUGGUGUGUUUACCUCUUCAAAUUGUUUAAAGUGUUUGAAAUUUUAAACCAGUAAAUUUUUAAAUAACAGCUUAUUUAUUUGUCUAAAAUAAAUUCUGGUUGAGUUGUGAUCUGUGGAUUCUUGUUUUAGCUUUAUAACAUAAAUAUAACUCGGUUUGUGUUGUAAAGUUCAAAAAAAAAUAAUUCAUGAAAUUGUGCAAUAUCAAAAUCAUAUUUUUUGUAGAUUUAUUUUGUUGUUUUUAUAUGUUUAUGCAGAGAAUUGCUCUUGCAUCUCUUGGUACAAUUAGUGCUUAGGUUUCAGUAACUUAUCACUUUAAAGCUUGAUGUAUUGUGUUAUUUCAUGUUCUAUCAAAGAGCAUAAAUGAUAUUGAUGCAUCAUUGCUGGUGGUAUUAUAUUCAUUAUCUCAUCUUUCCAUUUUUUAUUUAAUGAUUUGAAUUGUGUUCGAUUGAUUUUUUUCACUUUCCUUUAAAUUCCCCUCACUUUAUUUGCAUGCAGGACAUUUUUAUACCAAGUCUAAUGAGUGAAACAUUUGAAAUUUAAGUUCAUAUUGAGAAUUCUUAUUAAGAUGAUAAGGUUUAAAUCUUUUUCAAUUUUAUUUUUGGUUUUAUACUUAAGCUUAGUUGAAAAUUGUGAAGAAAAGAAAUAAAUUCAGCUAUUCAAUCUUUUGCCCCCCCCCCCCCCUUCUCACUGAGAAUUGUUGUGUAUAUGGUAUAGGUAGCACUUGCUGAUUAUAACACUGGCUUGAUUUGCCGUGGUAGCUAGUUUUAUUAACAAUAUAGAUUAUACUACCCUUGUUCUAUCCACAAAUUAUGGAUCGUCUCCUUUGCAAGAAUUGCCUUCUUUGUUUUUAGUCUGUCAGAAGGAUGUAACUGCUUAAUCUGGAAUUACUCUAGAAUUCUUAAAUUCAUAUACUAAAAUUAGUUAUGUGUUGUUUUGUUAAUGUUGUGUGUAAAGUGAUUAGCAAUGCUUAUCAACUGCUGCAAAUCUAAACUUCUUACAUUUUUAUUUAUCAAUCUUACAUUUUUAUUUUAAAAUUCCAAAACAUUUAGUCCCAUGACAUGUCUUGCUUGCAUGUUGAUCCCUGAUGAUUGUGUUUGACAUUGUGGAUAUAGUAAGGGUUUGGGUUUGUAGUGUAUUAACAUAUUAGUGUGUGUUAAUGGAACAUGUUCCAAAUUUUUACACUGCCAAAAUAUUUAUGUGACUUGUCGUAGGACAAGCGAAGGCUUAUCAAAGCAAGACUGUGAUAAAUUGUAAAUAAAAUAAUCAUUUUUUGUCAUAUUCAUCUUGACAAAUGAAGGUUAAUUUGGUAUCCAUAGAAACUUGUGAUAUUUCUAUGGAAACAAUCAAAUUUAAUCUCAACCGUCAAGGUCAUGUUCAUUUGUUAUUGGAAUUAUUGAAAAUUGAUAAACUCCAGUUGGGCCACUUUUUACUUCCAAUAGUUCAUUAUCGAAAAGUAACUAAAUUAUCAAAUCCUACAAGAUAUUGAAAAUGUGAGGCUUAUUUCUUUUAUGUGCAUCUUUAUCUUUUUUGUUUCUUAUUGUCUCAUCUGCAAGUAAAGUUGCAGAAGCUAAGCUUAGUCCAGCUGCUGUAACUAACUGUUUCUACUGGUGGCAUCAGCAGUUGUUAAUGUUACACUGUCAAGACAUUUCUCUGUGUCAACAGUUUAUUGUUGAGAAAUCUCCAGUUUUGAAAACUAAAAAUUGAUUUAAUACAGAAACAGCAUUCCAUUCCUGGCAUAGUUUGCCUGAGUUUUCAUGGACAAGUAUUUAAUACUUGUUUUGUGUAAAAGUAAUAAGUGGCCUAACUAAAUUUAUAUUGAGUUUUGUUGAAUGAAGAUGACAUUCAACAAAAUAUUUGUUUUAUAAGUAUCUAAUAAUAAUAAUAAUCUUGAUAAUAAAAACAAAGAAAAGGACAAUAAACUAAGAAACAAAGUCAAGAGAAGAAAAACAGUAUAUCCACAUGUUGAAUGGUCAUUUUUUGUGUGAAAAUUAAUAUUUUCUAAUCAUAAAAUUAUAAUAAUCUUUGUCAAAUAUCAGUUGGAUGGCAUUGAAAAAACAAUCUUCCAAAAAAUUAAGAAUAUUUGGGCAAAUCCUGGGAAGUAUAAAUUUAGAGGUCAUAUAAAUAAAUAAGGCAAAAAUGUUAUGUUAUAUUAAUGCUCCUUACAGGCAAGUUCAUUUAUAACAAUAUUCAGUUAAAUUUUAAAAGUAUAUUAAGACUUCCUGACAAAAAUUUAUCUGUAGGUUUUUUCUUAUUUAGAUGUUAUAUUACUGAUUAUAUCUAUGAGUUGUUGAGAUUUAUUUUUACACAUUCCGUCCAGUAAUACCUCUUAUGUCUUUGAUGUUGUUUAUAAAUUAUUUAUUUUAUACUUAUUGUUAUUAACUUGUUGUAUUACUGAAUAACAUUAUUUUUACAAUGUUACAGAAGACCUAUCAAUGAAUGAUUAGUUUUUCAAGUAGAAAUUUAAAUUUCCCAUUGAAUGAACACCACAGAGAACAAUAGCUGGUAUUUAUUCAAUGGGACAGUUCAUUUGCAAAAACUAAAUUGCCAGGUAAACACCAACUGAUGCUGGAGAAAUAUUCAUUGAGCUGAUUUUCAACAAAAAAUUGCAUUGAGGAGAAUGGCUAUUAGAAUGGCUUUAAUUUUCCACCUUAUCUUGGUUUAAAUAUCCAUGUAAAAUAUACAACAUAACUAUCUGAAAAAUUAUUUCUUUUUUUAAGGAAAUUGCUAGAAAGUGUAAUAUAACAGUUUUCUUAUGAUAUAGUACAUAAACAUUGCCUAAAGUCCAGCUGCCUAUUCUGGACAGGCUAGCAUUGGCAUAAUGUUCAUUGUUGACCAGAGUUGGUGGUAGAUUUCACAUGACAAAGCUUUUAACCAAAUCAUUUUAUAUUUGUUGUUUAUUCAAAUGUUUAUCUGUUUUUAAUCCAGAAACGUUAAUUUCAAUAUUCUAUAUAUCCUAGAUGGAUUUCAGAAUAUUUAUAUUGUUUGUUUUGACAAAAUUACUUGUUUGGUAUUAUUGCUUCCCUUUACAUGAAUUUAAAGGUAACACUGCAAACUUUUUAGUGUACUAUUUUCUAUUUUUGAUUCACUGAUAUAGUAUUCAUUUAAAAUACAUUCCAGGCGUUUUGCUUAUUCAUUGGAUUUAGCAUCAUUUAAUUCAAAGAAAAAAAAAGAAUUAAUAAAAAAAAGUCACAAUCAAGCAUUCACUUUAUUGAUAAACUUAAUAUUGUUUAUAGAUUUGUUUAUUUUUUAUAUUAUGUUUCGUGGUCAGGAGUCAUGCUGUUAUAUGUUUAAGAGUCCCACUUACAAAACAGAAGGGGGAAAAAAGGCAAAUGUUUUAAAGGUGGGACUAGCCAGCUUCAAGUAAUGUAAGAUAGUGGAUAACACAUGAAUGGAGGUUCAAAUCAGAUAUCUAACUUUUUUGUUUAUUUUUUCCGUCCAUAAUUUUGCAAUAUUUAAUAUAUUUGUUUUCUUUUUUGUUUAACCUAGUACUUAUAUGCAAUCAUACUGAUGAAUGAAAUAUUUUUAAAGAUAUGUGCAUUUGUACUAUUCAAGAAAAUUUUCUAGAAAUGCAGUAAUAUUAGUGUUCGGUUAAAAGGUUCAACAUUUAAUUUAUGAACAUGUUACAUGGUACAUGUAUUGAAAACAAAUUGUAAGCUUUUGGCAUGGUGUUACCCCAUUUAAAACUAGGGAAUAGUUCAAGAACACAUUGCUCACCAAGUUUAUUUUAAAAAAAAAUCAUAAAUUUGCCCUCUAUUUAACUAUGAUCAUUGAUCUAAGAUUUUAACAAUUACUAUGUAAUUUAUGUAUUCAUUUUUUUAUUUGUUUGCACCUUUGUUCAACCAUUGAAACUGAUGCACAAAGACGUCUAAUUAAAAGAGUCAACUGUAAGAACAAAAAUACAACAAUUAAAUUAUUACAGUAUUCAAA